ACUACAGAAUUCGAAUUGUCCAUUUUUUUCCUGAAAAGUUUGUUGUUUAUUUGUUUAUAUUGCGGAAUCUGAGGUGCUUUUUGAGGUGAGAUGGAUGUGGGUGAGCUGAUAUCGUUUCAGCCUGACAACAAAGGUACUAAAAGAAAAAAGGGAGGAGAUGAGAACGAUGUCAAUUCACGCAAAAGAAAAGCUGGUUCUGUGAUCGAGGAAAAGUUCAAUUCCAAAGCAGAAUUGACAGAGGAGGAAAGAGAAAAGAUCUUAGAAAUGGUUGAGAAUGAACCAGAGGUCGAGACAUUAGAUGUCGGAUCAUUGAGAAGAAUGCUAUUGUCUUUUGAAAAGCGAGUAACAAAGAAUCAAGAAAUGAGAAUCAAGUAUCCAGACAACCCAGAAAAAUUUAUGGAAUCAGAACUUGAUCUUCAUGAAGAAAUCCAGAAACUUCACGUCAUAGCAACAGCUCCUGAACUUUACCAACAUAUUGUAGACCUUAAUGCCAUCACCACCAUGUUAGGAUUGAUAAGCCAUGAUAAUGCUGAUAUUGCUGUUGCAAUAGUCAACCUGUUGCAAGAAAUGACAGACAUCGAUACACUGAAUGAAAGUGAAGAUGGAGCAACAGCUCUCAUUGAUGCAUUGAUGGAAGGCCAGGUCAUUGCCUUGUUGGUACAGAAUUUGGACAGACUUGAUGAGACUGUGAAGGAAGAAAGUGAAGGUGUUCACAACUCUUUAGGAAUUGUUGAAAAUAUGACAGAGCUUCAGGAUACAAUAAGCGUGGCAGCAGGAGAGCAAGGUCUCAUGGGAUGGUUAAUCAAACGACUGAAGCAAAAACCUGCUUUCAAUGCUAACAAGCUCUACAGUAGUGAAAUAAUGUCAAUAUUAUUACAAAAUACAGAAGCAAAUAGACAACUAUUAGGGGAACUGAACGGCAUUGAUACACUACUUCAGUGCUUGUCUUUAUAUAAACGUUAUGAUCCAGCAACAUCCGAUGAGACUGAGUACAUGGAGAACCUGUUCAACUGCUUGUGUUCAGCAUUAAUGUUUCAUCCCAAUAAAGAUUUAUUUUUGAAAGGAGAAGGACUUCAGCUUAUGAUACUGAUGUUAAGAGAAAAAAAGAUGUCAAGAAGAAGUGCUUUAAAAGUCUUAGAUUAUUCCAUGCAAGGCAAUGAAGGUGCAGAGAAUUGCCAAAAGUUCAUUGAAUUCUUAGGCCUGAGAUGUUUGUUUCCUUUGUAUAUGAAGGCCCCCAAAACAAACAAAAAGACUGGAUCAAAAGAAGAAGAAUAUGAAGAGCACAGCCUGUCAAUCAUGGCGUCAUUAUUCAAAAACCUCGCAGGGUCUCUACGCAACAGACUAGUACAGAAGUUUGUGGAAGGUGAUCAUAUCAAAGUCGACCGACUCAUGGAACUUCACUUCAAAUAUUACAGAAGAGUUCAGGACUGUGAUGAGAAAAUUGACAAAGAAAAACAGGAACUUAUCGACGAAGGAGAGGAAAUUGAUGAUGACACAGAAGAUGGUUUUUAUCUAAAAAGACUUGACGCUGGUUUGUUUACGCUGCAACUUGUGGACUGUGUCAUGCUAGAAGUUUGUUGCGCAGGCGUACCUUCGAUUAAACAGCACGUACUCGCUCUAUUGAACCAACAUGGCGGAUCRAUGAAGGACAUCAAAUCUGUCAUGAGAGAGUAUGCUGCUAGUGUCGGAGAUGCCAAGAGCAAAGAAAGUCGAGAAGUAGAGAAAAAACGACUUCUUUCACUUAUUGAUCGGUUUUAAGCCUCGUGGUUUUCAGACGUAUGACAAGACGCCAUUUUGCCAUGCGUUAGAAAAGGCAGUUUUCAGCGACGCCAUUUUGUACAAAGCAUGAUGGGAAUUGUAGUGUACUCGCUUAUUACAGUCCCUUAAAAGCCUUUUCUAAGAGUCUGUCUUAGAGCAAAAACGGUUUAAGGGGACUUUUAGCGGACAUUAAAAUGUGCAAGGACUACAACUUCCUCCAUGCUCUGUUGCAAAAAUGGCGUUGCGCUAUGUUGACUAUUGAGCUUCUAUACAUCCUCUCCCUCCUCCAACGAACAGAAUGCUGUCUGUUUUGAUACUAGUCUCUUAAUAUUUAUGUAGUGUAAACCUCAUUGUAUAUAUAUGCAAAAGUUAUGUAAAGAUGUCAGUAUUGAAUAAAAAGACAAUGCUUCAUAA